AUGGAAGCAGAAGCGGAGAGCAAAACCAGUGGUGGUUGGAGCUCUGCAACCAACUGGAGCAUAGCCGAGGGCAGUCUCGUAAAUUCUAUCACCGUCGAGUCCACUCUAUCUCCGAUCGAUGAUUCGCCACCGAAAUCUCCCCUCAUUCUGAAUCCUCCCUCAGCCGAUUCCGGCCCCUGCGAGAUCAAGGUUAGCUUCACUCAAAAACAUGAGGUACGGCAGGUCUAUGUUCGAAGUACUGCUCGAGUCUAUGAGAUGUACUGGGCACCUGAUCUGCAGAGUAUCAAUGAGUAUCUCUGUACUGUUCGCUGCUGCAUUGCUGCCAAAGAUGAAAAAUCACUUCAUGCAACUGAUAUUGAAGAACCUGUUUCUGCAAAUAUAGAAGGGUCUGAUGGGAAACCAGCUGAAGAGAGUUUGAAAAAUGGCAGUAGUGUUAGCUCAAAUGAAGAUGGCUGGGUGGAGGUAAAAGUUCCUGAUUCCCAUCCACUUGAUAACAGAAGCAGUUCUUUGCAAUCAAAGAUUAAUACCAAUGCAGGAAGGAUCUCACAGGAUUUUUAUGAGGCUACAGCAGAGAUUUCUGAUGCAGACCCUUGCAUAUCCCUUACACUUCGAUUGCUGUCGCUUCAGAAUAAAGAAUGUGUAUAUGUUGACGAAAUUUAUGUGUUUGCGGAUCCUGUUGAGUCAGACAGUUCAGAUAGUCAGGUGGGAUGUGUGGAAAACCCAGCUGGAAGUUCUCUUAUGGCCAUGCUUGUGCCUACCCUUUUGCAACUAUCUAAAGCAGGGAUUAACCAAAAACAAGCUAAAAGCAUGUCUGAUACAAGGGAAGAUCAGAGGUUCUCAAAAAUUGGGUCAACAGCAACUGAUUCGGCCAAUAUUUCAAAUAAGAUUCAGCUGGAAGGAAAAUCCUGCCUUCCUGUUCAGCAGGAAGCACAUGAGGCUGCUGCUGAACAAGCCCCUGCCUCGGUGAAGAUCUCCAACCUAGUUGCAGGGAGCAAACCUGAUUCUGCUGCAAAAGAAAAUAAUUUGCCAUACAAUCAACUUGAAAAAACCAUGGAACAGCUUGUUUUGCGAGUUGGCAGAAUAGAAUCUCUCUUUUUGAGGUUUGAAGAAAGCAUGCUAAAGCCCAUAAGCAGCGUUGAUGCCAGGCUCCAACGAGUGGAGCAACAACUGGAAGCACUCACCAAGAAACUUGAGGGCCCUGGAGUCAUCUCUAGCACCAGAAUUUUUGCUCCUGAAUUUCAAUGCAAUGAAUCAGAUUCCAACUCCUGUAAUGAACCAAGUGAUUAUCCUAGACAUGGAGCAUUGGAAUGUGAUAAGAAGGAUUCAGUAAAUGCCACUCUCCUGCUCCCUAGUCUUGUGGUUGUUGCACCAGAGUUUUCAAAUGGUGAUGAAGAAGAAAAUGAUGCAUCAGAGCAAGUGAAUGAUUCUCAGAGGGAUGAAAUCAGAGAAAAUGAUGCAUCAGAACCAGUGAAGGAUUCUCCCAGGGAUAAGCCAAAACAUACCAUGUCAGUUGAUGAUGCUUUAGCUUCUGCACUCGCUGGAUUUCUAUCAUCCACUUCUAUCAGGCCAUCAAAAUAUACUGAAACUCUGACAGUUAGAGCUCCAGAGUUUCCAAGUGAAGAAGAUAGUAGUGAGGACAAAAUAGCUUCACCAAGAGUUCAUCGUGAAAUAUCUAAUGGGACAGAGAACACUAAGGAUUCUAUUUCAACUUCCUGCAAUCUUUCUUCUUCAGAGAGUGGUGUGGAAGUGGAUAAUGACAUUUUGGGUGAAACAGCUGAAGGAAUCGAGAAACAGGGCCAGCUUGGUUAUGAUGGGGAAGAAGUCAAUUCUGGGGAAUCUGCUAUCAGCUCUUCGAUUGUUGAAGAAAAUAUGUCUGCAUCCAGAAUAGAUGAUCAUCAGACCAUAGAAGAAACCGACAAAACAGAGGCUAGCAGCAUUCCAAUUUCUGAUGAAAUUUAUGUUCCUAUCCAUUUUCUUGGAGAUCAGAUUGAUGAUGGCUCCGAUACUCCCACUCCCCAGAAAGAAACUGUUGAAAGCACUUAUCUAACUAAUGCUACAGAAGUCAAAGAUGGACAAACUACCAAAGACAUUCUGCAAGAUGUUCUCCAAUUCUCGUGUUCUUCUGCAGUGGAUUUCCAAGUUCCAAUAUUGGAUGUGAAGUUCAUUUCUCAGGAAAAUUCCAAUACCAACUCCUCUCUUGAAGGCCUUCUGACCGACACCCCAGAACACAACUCAUCCAACCUUGAAGCUUCUUGCAUUGAGGAAACCACCAACAACCAUCUUUUGUUGGACUUUGACAGUUACACUGAGGCGCCUGCAGGUAUGGAGGAUGAAAAACUGCAGGACCCUCACACAUGCAGCAAGGAUGGACCGUUCGAGAGUCUCAUAUAACAAGCGUUUCAUCAGGUGAUCAAGUUCUAACUUGUACAUAAAAUUUGCCUAUAUGCAGAAUGGUAGUUAGGUGAUCAUGUUUCUUUGAAACCACCAUCUUGUUUAAUUGAAAGCUACACAUUUUCUCAGAUAGCUACAUUUUCUGGGUUAAUUUUCCUGGUGUUGAGAUUAGAUGCUUCAGAAUAUCUGUAUAAAGUUAGGUUUUUUGGGAAAGGAAAGGGAAGGAAAAUGGUUUGUUCAUUCAGGAGCUUUUGAGAAUGAGAAGUGAUGUUAUGCUGCUAUAUA